UUCCCCCCCUCUCCCUGGCGGCUCCCCCGGAGAGGAAAAGGGAAAUCUUUGUUCAACUAGCUCGCUCUACCUAUCCCUCCAGCUGUCCGCCGCGCGCCCAGCCCAGUCAGGCCCUCGCCAGAGGCGCGGCGAUGGAAGGAACCGUGCUGUGCGCCGCCAACCACGCGCCGCUCACGCCCAUCAGCUUCCUCGAGCGCGCCGCGCUCGUGUACCCGGACCGCCCCGCCGUCGUCGCCUCCGGCCCCGCCGCCGCGCCGCCGCGCACCUGGCGGGAGACCCGGGCGCGCUGCCUCCGCCUCGCCGCCGCCCUCGCCGGGCUCGGCGUCGCGCGCCACGAUGUGGUCGCGGUGUUCGCGCAGAACAUCCCCGCCUUCUGCGAGCUCCAUUUCGGCAUCCCCAUGGCCGGCGCCGUGAUCUGCGCGCUCAACUCGCGCCUCGACGCCGGCAUGGCGUCCGUCCUCCUCCAGCAUUCCGAGGCCAAGGUGGUGUUCGUCGACGCCGCGCUGCUGGACACCGCCCGAGAAGCUCUCCGCCUCAUGUCCGAAGCCGGAGCGAGGCCCCCCACCGUGGUGCUGAUCGAGGAGGUCCUCGACGAGCCAGCCGUUCCGGCUGAUCACCACCAGUACCACGAGUACGAGGCCCUACUGAGCAGCAGCGCCUCGCCGGACCUGGCGAUCCGGUGGCCGGCCGACGAGAACGAGCCGAUCGCGCUCAACUACACGUCGGGGACGACGUCGCGGCCCAAGGGCGUGGUGUACAGCCACCGCGGCGCGUACCUCAACAGCCUCGCGUCCGUGCUCCUGAACGACAUGACGGCGCUGCCCGUGUACCUGUGGACGGUGCCCAUGUUCCACUGCAACGGCUGGUGCCUCGUCUGGGGCGUGGCGGCGCAGGGCGGCACCAACGUGUGCCUGCGCAAGGUGACCUCGGCGGCCAUCUUCGACAGCGUGGCCCGGCACGGGGUGACGCACAUGGGCGGCGCGCCGACGGUGCUGAGCAUGAUCGUGAACGCCACGGCGGAGGAGCGGCGGCCGCUGCCCGGGGGGAGGCCGGUCACCGUGAUGACCGGCGGCGCGCCGCCGCCGCCGCCGGUGCUGUUCCGGAUGGAGGAGCUCGGGUUCCUGGUGAUCCACUCGUACGGGCUGACGGAGACGUACGGGCCGGCGACGGUGUGCACGUGGAAGCCGGAGUGGGACGCGCUGCCGGCGGCGGAGCGCGCGGCGAUCAAGUCCCGGCAGGGGCUCCACCACCUGGGUCUGGAGGUGGACGUGAAGGACCCCGCGACGAUGCGGGGCGUGCCGGCGGACGGGCGCACCAUGGGGGAGGUGAUGUUCCGGGGCAACACGGUGAUGAGCGGGUACUUGAAGGACGCCGCGGCGACGGCGGAGGCUAUGGCCGGCGGGUGGCUGCGGUCGGGGGACCUGGCGGUGCGGCACGGCGACGGGUACGUGAAGAUCCUGGACCGGUCCAAGGACAUCAUCAUCUCGGGCGGGGAGAACAUCAGCACGAUCGAGGUGGAGGCGGCGCUGUUCGCGCACCCGGCGGUGGCGGAGGCGGCCGUGGUGGGGCGGCCCGACGAGUACUGGGGCGAGACGCCGUGCGCGUUCGUGACGCUCAAGGACGGGGGGAGCGUGGGCGCCGAGGAGGUGAUGGCCUUCUGCCGGGCGCGGCUGCCGCGGUACAUGGCGCCCCGGACGGUGGUGUUCGUGGACGAGCUGCCCAAGACGGCGACGGGAAAGGUGCAGAAGUUCACGCUCCGGGAGAAGGCCAAGGCCAUGGGCAGCAUCUCCAGGAGCAAGCUCUGAUGAAUAGCAUGUUGUGAUGUAAAAUCAGUUCGUGGCAGCAGAUUUAAGCGCUCUGAACUGUGGUAAACUACAGUAUCAUCUACGUAGCAUUCUGCAUUGCAGAUUGGCAGUAAUAAACAAUUUACAGAUCUGUGCAUUUGAAAA